AGUAUUGGCAUGAUUGAACCUAUCAAUGAUAGUAUUGGUUAGAAUUGAAUUAUUUAGUGUAAAUUAAGACGGUGGCUUGUACACAUAUACACCUUUCAAAUAAUUUAAAAAUCUCCCUGUGGAUGGGUAGAAAACCGUCAAAAUGACAAGGAACAGGCAAAAUGGCUUCACCAAGUGAUAAGAUUGAGAUGGCGAAGAUCACCCCUGGCAAAACAAUGCGAAUAGACCAAGACAAUGGGACUGUUAUGCCUAAAGUUAGCGUAUCAGCAAUGGAGAGUCUUUCUUCCAACCAGCAAGAAGAAAUAAGUUGGAUAAAAAAGAAUGUGAAGAUUAAAAGAUGUGGUGGAUUUGUCAAGGCUCCCGGGGAUAAAAAUAAUGUCGCUGAUCCGAAGUGUAAAUGUGGACAGAUUAAGAGUUUACACCCAAAUGACAUGCAGCAGGCCAAUAACGAGGAUGUCCCGUGGAGAGUAGAAGAAUUAGCGUGUGAUGCGUUCGGAGAAAUAGAAUUCCAUGACAGCGAUAACCAGGUUGCCAAGUUUAUUCGAGUAAGUAACGAUCAAGAUGUGACGCAAAUAUUGAAGGAACUUUUGAUGAAGAAGUGGAAAUUACAAAAACCUAAUCUUCUGAUCUCCGUCACAGGAGGGGCUAAAAAUUUUGACAUGAAGUCACGAUUGCGAGAGGUUUUCCGUCGUGGUUUACAGAAGGCUGCGGAGAGUACAGGAGCAUGGAUUGUAACUGGUGGAACUAACACAGGAGUAAUGAAACAUGUGGGUGAAGCUAUGAAAGAAAUCAGUAUUACAGAUGAAAAAAAUCGUGUUGUAGCUAUAGGUGUAGCUCCGUGGGGUUGUAUACAAAACAGAGAAAAUCUAAUAUCUCCUGAUGGUAAAUGGCCGUGCGAAUAUAAUUUAUUAGAAGACACCUCGAAGCCUGAUGAAAUAUUCCUUAAUCCAAAUCACACCCAUUUCCUAUUGGUUGACGAUGGAACUACGCAUAAAUGGGCAACUGAAAUAGAUUUCCGAUCUGCUCUGGAGAAAGCUAUAUCUGAAAUGAGUUUAGAGAUGUCACAAGGAACAAAAGUGAACCAGACGAAUAUACCAGUUGUGUUACUGGUGUUACAGGGAGGACCUGGUACGUUUAAAACUAUCUUAGGUGCCAUUAAAAAUAAAACACCAACAGUUGUCAUUAAGGGAACUGGAGGCGCAGCUGAUAUUUUAGCGCUUGCUUUUCAACGGGCUCAGUCAACAGAAAUCAGUGGUUAUGAUCGAGAUAGGGAGCAAAUUAGAAACACUGUGAUGGGGAUCGAUGCCAACUUGCAGGAUGAAUUAUUUAAAUUGAUGGAACAAAAUUACGGAAACACCAUAUCGAAAUCAGAAUACAUGGAAAUUAUUAAAGAAAUUAUUCAGAGUAAAGACUUACUGACUGUAUUUGAAUUGGAUUCACGUAAUUCUACAAAUGAUGUUGAUAUGGCCAUCUUGAAAGCUUUAUUGAAAGAUAAUCGUAAUGAUGUUAUGGACCAACUGGAACUAGCUUUAGUCUGGGAUAAAAUGGAAGUCGCUAAAAAAGAAAUAUUAGGUGACGACAAUUUGGAUAAAAAGAAUUUAAGAUUACCGGAGAAAAUGUUGACCGCGAUACAGAGAGAUCGUGUUAGUUUCGUUGAUCUGUUUAUAGAUCAUGGUGUCAACUUGAAACAGUUUUUAACUCGGGAUAGACUGCUUACCCUGUAUGAUACGAUUCCAGAAAAUUGUAUUUUACGUAACCUCCUUCGUCAAAAAGCCUCUCAAAAGGGACAGAAAUUGCAAACCAUAACAUUUCUACAUGUAAAUGGCCUUCUACAAGAUCUGCUGGGAGAUUAUUUUGUACCAUAUUAUAAUAGACCGCCGUAUCACCAUGACAACAAGAGUGACGUGAGUGAGGCUGUAACCAGUGCAUCAGAUAUACCACAUGCAGUGGGUUCAGGUGUUCAGAGGAAAUUGGAUCAUCCCAUACAGGAUUUAUUUAUCUGGAGUAUUCUGAUGAACAGACAGGAAAUGGCCAAAUUAUUCUGGGUGGAAUUAGAUGAACCGAUUGCAGCUGCUUUAUUUGCCAAUGGUUUGUAUAAAGGUUUAAAGAUGAUAUCAGUGGACACAGAAAUAUCUCAGAUUCUACAACAAAAUGCUGAUGAAUUUGAAAAUCUUGCCAUUGGUGUGUUAAAUUCUUGUUAUGAGAAAGAUGAGAAUAAGGCGCAGGAUUUAUUGAUACGAGAAUUACCGAACUGGGGAGAGACGACGUGUGUUUUAAUGGCCGUACAAUCGGACAAUAAAAGGUUUAUAUCUCAGACGGCCUGCCAGACAUUACUCAAUUCUAUUUGGAUGGGAAAAUUAUCGUCACAUAAUAGUAUACUCAGGAUUUUACCCAGCAUUGUUUUAUUUCCAUUGAUAUUUUUUCUCGUCAAGUUUAAAGAUGAUGAAAACCGACAUAAUUCAGAAAUGAAGAUUGGUGAUACUGAAUAUGAUCCAAGUGUAAGUCAGAUAGACGAUAAGAGAAAUCAGAAUCAAGCACGAGCAAGAAAUUGUUCGAAAUUAAAACAGUUUUACCUCGCUCCUGCCGUUAUAUUUUACCUCAACGUUUUUACGUACCUGGAUGUCUGA